AUGUCGUGUUUUGAAGGAUCACUUGGAACAACUGGUGAAAGCAGGCACUUCAAGGAGUUUUUGAUCGGUCAAGGGGGAGGGAACGCGGGCCAGAGGUCAGGCAAUCGAAAUGACCGUACUCUUCCCCCUCCAUUAGGAAUUAUUGAGGUUAUUCAUGCGGCCUCACGGGGCACAAGUUGGAGCAAUCAGAGGGCAGUUUUAAGUGUGGUGUAUGUUAGGAUUAGUGCCCUUAAAUUCUAUUUGUCUUCCCCCGAAACGAACAGCGAGAGCCAGCCAGAGAAGAAACUUAGGAGGUCAAUCACCUCGAUUACCUUUAGCGAAACCAAUUUGGCAAGGACAUCCCAGCCACUUGAUGACACUUUGGUGGUUACGUGUAGGAUUGGUGGUUUCCUAGUUAAGAAAGUAAUGGUGGAUCAAAGGAGCGAGGCCGAAAUUAUGUACCACGACCUUUAUAAGGGGUUGAGACUGAAACUUGAGGAUUUAAGUAAGUAUGACAAGCCCUUGGUGGGUUUCAAUAGGAAGGUUGUGACCCCUAAAGGACAAAUAAAGUUGCCAGUAGUGACCAAGGGUAAGGAAGUUGAAGUUAACUUUAUAGUGGUUAAUGCCUAUUUGCCUUACACAGCGAUACUCGGACAUCCCUGGAUUUAUUCCAUAAGGGCAGUUCCUUCGACGCUACAGUAG